AUGAGAGAAGUGCUGUUCUGGCCAGGAAUGUCCUCGGAUCUGAAAGCAUUGGUUCAACAGUGUGAUGCUUGUUUGUCAAUUAGAGACCUUCCUCCUAAAGAACCGAUGAAAAGUCAUGAGUUUGCCCUUCGUCCAUGGUCAAAAGUAGGAGCUGAUCUAUGUCAUAUUGAUAAUCGGAUACUCCUUAUAGUAGCUGAUUAUUUUAGCCGUUUUCUUGAAGUAUCAAGAGUAAAUAAUACGACAUCUACUGCCAUCGUUAAAGAACUACAAAUUAUAUUUUCUCGUCAUGGAAUACUGGGCCAGUUAGUAACAGGUAAUGGGACACAGUUUAUCACACCAGAAUUCCGUUCUUUUGCAAAGGCAUGGUCUUUUGAACACAUUACUUCUAGUCCAAGGUAUGCACGAUCAAAUGGAAAGGCUGAGAAUGCCGUGAAAAUAGUAAAGAAAAUGUUCACAAAGUGUAAACUUACUGAAGAAUCAGAGGUUUUGGCUUUACUUAAUUGGAAUAACACGGCAACAGAAGGCAUGUUGACUAGCCCAGCCCAAAGACUUAUGGGUAGACGUUGUAAAACUAUCAUGCCCUGCAUGUCAUCAUUACUAAAGCCUAGAUAUCCUACACAGCAAGAUUCUUUAGUUAUCUUGGAAAAAAAGGACAAGCAGGCCCAUUACUAUAACAGAGGGACACGUGCAUUGAAGCCUAUACCCGCAGGAGAGGUGGUACGCCUCAGACUGCCAGGUAGUAAGGUAUGGAAAUAG